AUGCGGUUCGUAUCGGUCCUCCUCGCGUGCAGCCUAAUCUGUCCGGUGAGCCCCUCGAGAUGUCCGGAACCGAAGAAGCCGCACCUAACGAGUUGCACGAUUUUCUACAAUUGCGUGAAUCUGCCGAGCGGCGGUUACGUGUGGGUCCCAUCGAAGUGUAACGCAGGCUUGGUAUUUCAACCAUAUUUACGGAUGUGCGUUGUUCCUGGUGAUAUCUGGACGUGCGAUAUACUCUCAACCGACUCUCCUGUGACGAAGAAGCACGAGAUAUCCGAACUAAUCAAUCCAAUGGAUACCAGCUAUCUAGGAUAUACGGAGGAUCCAUUGGGAUUCUCCGAAACUAUUGACUCGUCUUUCGUAAUCGACAACUUUUCCGACUCAACGAUCGACACGAUGACCGCAUAUCCUUUGAUCGAAUUUGAAGAAUCGGACAAAACGACGCACAACGACAAAAGCGUGAGAAACGCGUCGUAUCACAGGGAAGAGAAUUAUCUAUACAAGUACACGAAUAGCCAAGGGCAACUAUCGUUGUCGCUGGUGCAAGAAUAUAAGGACAUCGUAAAUAAUCAUUACAAAUGGCUGAACAAAUUAAUGAGUCGAUUGCACGUCUACAAGGAGCUAUCAGCCGCAAUAUCAAGUUCUUUAUCGAUACCUGUAAGAGACUCUACAACUGUAAAUCCAACGCAGACCAUCACCAUCUUCGCGUCUUAUAAUCGAAGACAAAACGUAUCGUUGAACUAUCUCGUGCAAAGCUAUACCGAAGGAAACGAGUUACCUAACAGUAAUGAUGAACCGACUGAGAUGAUAGAAAGCAAUAAACCUCAGAUAAAUUCCAUUGCGACGACGGACAGCACCGUUUCAACGGAGAAUGCUUUGGAGCUGCUAAUCGACAGUCUGGACUCUGACAACAGCAUAAUAAGGAUUAGCGAUAAUCUCGGGAACAGACAGUAUUUCACGAUCGACCGGUACAAAAACAUGGCUCAUCGAUUAACGCCACGAACCAUUAGCGUCGUGACGUGCACGAGGAACGUCCGUCUGCCGAAUAAGACCGAUUGUUACCGGUACUACACAUGUGAGCCAAAAACGGCCACCGUAGUGGAGUACUCCUGUCCGCUGCACACGGCUUUCAACGUGUACUCGCGAAUCUGCGACGUCGAGAGUGUGAAAACGUGCGGCAGCAACGUAAAGCUUCCUGUGAACGAAAUAUUCUUUGAGAAUAUUCAUGCCAAUGACAAAAGUACAAUAUACGAAGGAGAGUCCGGGGAGAGAUUGUGUAAAGAACUUGGUAAGAUAAAAGAUCCCGUUUCGGAUUCUCAUUACUACAUUUGUUACAGCGUGCCGGAUUCCGAAGGUAUCAAAUCAAUCCGAAUGACCUGCCCAAAUGCCUUGAUAUUUUGCCAAAGCAAGAAGGUGUGCACUACCAGACGACUGUGCGACGGACUGUCAUGAAGUAACAUUCCCUCCCUCCUUGUUUUUUUCUC